AUGUCGCAAUCGCUACGUCCGUAUCUAACGGCUGUUCGCUACUCCCUGGAAGCUGCGUUGACCUUGAGUAAUUUCUCUUCGCAAGAAGUGGAAAGACACAAUAGGCCGGAAGUUGAGGUACCCAACACUAGCGCCGAACUGCUGCUUCAACCGAUGCAUAUAUCACGUAAUGAAAAUGAGCAAGUAUUGAUUGAGCCCAGUGUAAACUCGGUCCGCAUUAGUUUGAUGGUGAAACAGGCAGACGAAAUCGAACAGAUCUUAGUUCACAAGUUCACCAGAUUUUUGGAACAGCGCGCUGAAGCGUUUUACAUCCUUAGACGUGUCCCGAUACCUGGUUACAGCAUUUCCUUUCUGAUAACCAACAAGCACACUGAAUCAAUGAGAACCGGGAAACUGGUUGAUUUCAUCAUUGAAUUCAUGGAGGAUGUGGACAAGGAAAUCAGUGAGAUUAAACUGUUCUUGAAUGCAAGAGCAAGAUUCGUUGCGGAAGCCUACCUCGAUGAAUUUGUUUAUUAG